AUGGAUGAACACAUGGUAGUGUUUGAAGAAAUUUGUCAGGAAAUUUUAAGGUUAAGUGCCGAUAAUACAUAUGAAGAAAGAAAUGCAUUGUAUAAUUCAUUGCAAGAGAUUAGGGAUGAACUUGAAAAGUUUUUCGCAAUCAACGAUCAAGGCCCGUACUUCGAAAUUAGAAGUCGAUAUUUCUGUAACCAAGAGGAGGACUGUGUUAUAUGCAUGAUUGAAGGGAAUGAUCUGACGAUCGCCUACACAAAUGGCUCUUCCAACUCUAAUCUGGAUAGAGGAGAAGCAGGAGUCUUUUUCAUCGGACCAGACGGAGCGCAGGAAUGCCACGGUAUUCCUGUUGGAAAAAUCGCCUCGAACUACACAUGCGAACUCGUCGCCAUCAAAAGCGCUCUGGAGAUUUAUCUUUCUGGGGAGGAUCAGAGUUCCAGAAGCAUCAUCAUUUUCUCUGAUUGCAGAUCAGCAUUGCAGGCGAUCCAGGGGAGCAAAUGUCAACUUAGCCAUCAGAUCAUUGAGCUCAUAAACAAAAUCAUUGCUGCCCAAAAAUCCUGCAUUUUACAAUGGAUACCGGCUCAUGUAAAUAUUUUUGGUAACGAGAAGGCCGAUGAGCUCGCAAAGGCAUCCCGUAAUUUUCCUCAACCAUCCAAUUCCCUAACCCUCGUUGACGCCAACGUUGUUGCUGGCCGAAGACUAAUCGGUCAACAAGCGAAAAGAAACUCCAUUCCAGAUUUGAACGGUUACAGAGCCAUAUCGACUACUAUAACCAGACUUAGGACAAAUCACUUAAAGGGGAUGAGGCUUUCUGUGGAAGGACAGCGUAGUUACACCAACUUUUGUCCUCAUUGCCCAAAUGACAUCCCAAUGUCUCGUCAACACAUCUUCAGCUGUCCAGCAAUCCAGGCCAAACUUUUAACAUCGGCUUAG